AUGAGACUCUUAGAGAAGAUUAAAAUAAACUCCCAACAAAGAUGGAUGGUAUGUUAUAAACUUGGUGGAAAGUAUGAAUGUUCUACGUUAAACCUCAAUAAUAUUGGAACAUUACUACAUCAGCUCUUGAAGGAGAACUUUAUAUCAGAGAUAGAAGCAAAUGCCGCAGGUAUUGUUGAAAUGCACUAUGACUUCUUCUUGACAAACAUAAAGAAUCUUACUGAAAUAAAGAUGUAUGAUUUAACAGAAUAUGAGGGCUUAACGAUGUCAGAUGUAAAGAAAGGCAAACCAAAAAAGAGACCAUAUAGAGAUGAAAGCACACUGACAAAUGACCAGAAAGCUAUUUUGGAAGCUCUUAAGCAAACAGGAAACCCAGCACUUAUAGAAAGCUUUUGGAAAGAUAAUGGUGAAAAGAAGUUUUAUAAGAAGAGAAGCGGUCAGUUCUGGAAGUAUCUUUGCACGUUACCUAUAAAUCUUGAACGCUACCAAAUCUUCAAUGAACUGAACAAAAGAACUGCAACACUUAUGACAGAAGACAAUUGUUUCGUUUAUGCUUGCAUUCAGGCUGGAGUAAAUGAAGAAACUAUUGACCACAUGAGAGAAGUCAUUCGUGUUAGAGACUUUCCUCAAAGUAAAGUACAAGAAAUUUCUGACGCAACAGGUAUAGCAUUUAAUGUUACCAUUGGUUACUUCAAUGACUCAAGAUAUAAUGAAAUAAAGAGAUACAUACCAAAAGAAUGUGAAACUGUUCGAACUAUUGACCUACUUCUUGUUGAAGACCACUACAUGCUAAACGAAAGACUUCCAAUGACAACAUACUUCGUCAGAAAUUACAAAGAAAUCUUGAAGGAGUGUGGUGGAAUGAACAUUGAAAAACAGAUGAAAAUAUAUACAAUGAGAGAGAACAAAUAUGUAGUUCGUUAUGAUAGAACUACACCGCUAUGGGAUGUUAUGAAAACAUUGUGGGA